AUGGCAGAAGCACCAACAGAGUCAAAUGAGGACGUGUCAGAGGAGACAGAGGACCUGGAACCUCUGGAACCAGGCGACAGUGGUGCUUUCCAACAAGUCACACACCUCCUCAACAUCAUGGACAGCGAGUCAACCCAAACGGACGCUGCUGGGUCAGGUCCUGACGUGCGGAAGAUGCUGGCCUCAGUGAUCAUCAGGAAGAAGGCCACCACUGAGCCCUCUGUGGGGAUGGACGCUGUCAUCCGCGCCAUCCUUGUGCCCCGGAUUUCCACUCAGCACAAAGUCAACAUUGACGGCGUCCUCCAGGAGAUCCUCCAGCAGGAGGGGGAGCUGGAGGAGCACUGCGUCCAGAGGCUGGUCACCGUCGCCUCCAAGGAGAUGAGGGAGAUGCUGCCGGUGGAGGGCUACGUGAGGGCAGAGGUGACCAGCGACUCCCUGGCGGCCCUGUCCCCAAACCGCUUCAGCUUGGUCGUGUAUGAGCUGCAGCACUGCCUCAGACCCCUCAACCUCGCCGAAGAAUUUGUCACCAUCACCCUGGCGAAGCUGGCCGGUGGCAAUGGCCUUGGGGUGGGUGCUGGGCCACAGUUUCUGAGAAACUCCCUCAGGAAGACUCGGGGUUCCAACUGGGGCCUGCAUCUGAGCAAAGAGCUGAACAACCAGAUAGAGAGCUUCGACAGCCCCUCCCUAGAGAAGGGCUUUCUGUACCGGGCCUUGGGCUUCACCUUGGCCACGGGCCUGGAGGCUGACGAGGUGGAGGUGCUACUGCUGGAGCUGCUGUACAAGACAGACUGCAGCAACGGCUUCGACUGGGAGGGUGUGACCCUGCGCUUUGGCCUGUGUGCCCGGGGCCAGGUGAAGACGGUGCUGAACGUCCUCCACAGCUUCGAGGAGAGGAUCCAGCAGUCGGGGCAGUCCUGGCAGAUCGGCGCUUGGCGGAAGGACCGUCCCUGGAGGCGGGAGACAGUCGAGGGUGCCCUCAUGGAGACGUACAGCUGUGUGGCCUCGUACUGCCACCUGCAGCUGUUCCUCACCCACGGGGACAACCCCCUCACUGCUAAGAUCAUUCGCCACUCCUCCAGCAGCUGCCAGGACAGCUGCCUCAACAUGGCCUUCAUGAAGAGUGCGGUGCAGGUCGCCGACGCUGUCGAGAACCUCAAGGACCUGGAGGACUUCCAGUUUGCCCCGAAGGCGACCCUUACUGGCGUCAUCGUGGUGACCAUCAAGGCAGAACCAACUGACAGACUGGUUUCUCCAGUGCGGACCAUGGCCAUGGAUGCCCUCUCAUACUUGAGCAAACUGAAGCCUUUCUACUCGACAGAGGAAAACAGUGAGCUGGUGGAUAUUAGUAUACACUCUGUCAUUUCUCUCCAGCCCCCAGGAGAGAACAGUGAGUCCAUUAAGACCCUGUAUGUGAGCUCCCUGCAUGCCCUGGAGCAGCUGAUGGAGGGCCUCGUGCAGAGGCAGCUGGACCCCAAGGGGCUGCAGGAGAUGGUGCACCUCCUGGAAAAGUGGAUCUUGUCGGAGAAAGAAUGGGAGCGGGAGAAGGCGAUCAACCUCCACCUCCAUCUCAUGCAGAUCUACGUCCAAAGCGUCAGUGUCUGCAUCCCUCUGCGGCUGGGGCAGUUUGGCACUCCGGUCGGACUCAUCGCCCCAUGCACCCGUGACUCGCACGGAAGAACCCGCCUGGCCUCCAUGGAAGUCCUUUCCAGCCUCCUGGAUCUUCAUGCAAGCCAGACCUGCUCCUCCUGGGGCACUUCCAAGGAGUUGGAGGUUGAGAAAUGUAAGGAGGAGCUGCAGGGCUCAGACACGGAGAAGAUUUUCAGCGCCUCCUCCAGAAUCGCCAAGGCCUGUGUGGCUACCGUGUUUCAGUGUGUGCACUUCUGGGGCUGGAAGGCCCUGGAGAGCUCCUCGGACCAAAGUGAUGCCAUUGCAUGUCCCAAGGACAUGACCAGUUUCCAGAUAACCUUGUGCUCUGUCUUGACUCAGAAAAAGCCCGCCGUUCCCUACAGCUUCUUGCUAGAAACAAUGGCCUAUGUUAAAAGUAACUUGUCAAGGAUCAGAAUCGCUGCAUGUAACCUGGCAGGAAUCAUUAUGAAGCAGAUGUCUGCACGUUACCUGAAAAAGCUGGACUUUCCUACAUUACGGAAUUCUCUCCAGGAGCUACAGCUGGACUCGGAUCCUGGGGUCCGGAGGGCAUCCCUGGAGACUCUCAAAAUCUUGGAUACCUGUAGUCAUCACUGGCUUUUGGCUUCACCCUAA